AUGCCACCCCCCCCCCCCCCUCCCCUCCGCCCCCCUUCCCGUCUCGUCGCGCGCGCAUUGCGCUGCCGUCGCCGCGCGCGCUUUGCUUCGUCGAGCAACGCGCGCGCCUGCCCCCCCUGCGGCGCACCCUGCCCCUUCCCAAUCCGCCCUCCCCUCCCUCACCCUCCUCCUCCUUUCCACUCUCCUUUGUCCAUCCCUCCCUAUCUCACCUCUUCCUCCUCCUCCUUUCUCUCCUCAUCUGCUGCAACUCGUACAUACUUGUGGCGCGCCCUUCCCACAAACCCGCCCCUUCACCAUCCUCCUCCUCUCCUCUCUCCCUCUACCUCCCCUUCCGCUCGUUUUCCUCCACCUAUUUUCUCUCCCCAUCUACUGCAGCUGGUGAUUGAUUGUGUAUUGAAGUUGUUGCUCCUCCACACCUUUCCUCCUCCUCAGUACCCUCUCCUCAACUACUCAACUAUUAACUCCUUCACAACUAUCCCUCCUCUUAUUUCUCCCCUCAGUAGCACAACAGCAGACUACCCCACCACUAUCCCUCCUCCUCUAGUUUCUCCCCUCAGCGGCGCAACAGCAGACUACUCCGCCACCAUCCCUCCUCCUCUAGUUUCUCUCCUCAGCGGCGCAGCAGCAGACUACUUCGCCACUAUCCCUCCUCCUCUUGUUUCUCCCUUCAGCGGCGCAGCAGCAGACUACUCCGCCACUAUCCCUCCUCUUGUUUCUCCCUUCAGCGGCUCAGUAGCGAACUCCUUCGCCCUUAUUCCUCCGCCUCUUAUACCUCUCCCCUCAUCUGCUCUGCAGCUGUCUCCUCCUCCUUAUGGCGACCUCUCUCGCCCUCCCCUCCCUCCCUCUGCUGGUCCUUCAGCUUGCACCUGA